GUAAUGAGAUGCACGCAUGCGUAAACGGUUGACGCUUCGUGUCUCUUGCAUCAACUACCACUUUGCAAACAUUGAAAGUACAUUGAAGUAGCAGAAGCUGACAUCCUAGACGUUUAUGAUGGGUUUUGAAACAAAACUGUUCGUAAGGAGCGUCGAUAAAAACCUAAUCUGUGCAAUAUGUCAUGRAGUAUUCAAUGACCCUUAUGGAUGCAAAGAUGGACAUUCCUUCUGUAAACAUUGUAUUACAAAAGAGCUAUUAUUAAAAAAAGAGAGGUGCCCGUUGGAUGGCAAAAGAGUGCAAGCAAAAGAUCUUGUACGUAACUUGAUCGUUUAUAAUCUGAUACAAAACUUAGAAGUCUGGUGCGAUCCGCCAGCAGGAGGAGCAGUAGAAAAGAUGAGCAAACAGGUUAGAGCGAGUUUGGGCGUGCGAAAACUUUCAGAAAGUCUUGUACAGAAAUGUGAAUGGAAAGGAGAGCUACAGUCGCUGGCAAAACACAGAGAAGAUUGUCUUUUCCAACAUGUACAAUGUCCUAAUGAAAACUGCAAGGAAACAAUACAAAGAAAAGACAUGUACGACCAUGACACGAAAUGCAAACACAAAGUGAUGAAAUGCAAUAAAUGUAGAAAGCAAUUGUUCCGACAUCAGCUCGAAGAUCACUCAGCUAAUGAAUGUCCCGAAACACUUAUCCCCUGUCCUAACAAUUGUAUGGAGCAAGAACAAAUCCAAGAGAUAAAAAGAGUUGAUUUAGACCACCAUCUAAAAAACAUCUGUGCGAAGACAAUACUAGAAUGUCCCUUCAAGGAAAAUGGAUGUUUAGCCCAAGUUGAACGACAACAUGUCGAUAAACACGUACAAGAUAACAUGGCUGCACACAUGAUGUUACUGGCCAAACAAUGUUCAUCGCUCACACAACAGAAUUCAUUCCUUACCAAACAAAACACGAUACUUACUCAAAAGAAUGAAGCCUUAGAAGAAAGUUUAAGACGAGUUGAGAAGAUAAACUCCAGCUACGAGUGGACAAUAAACGACUUUCCUACCCUAUGUAUGAAACACACCAAUGGAUCUGCCUUCACAAGCCCUAUUUUCUGGCUGCUUGGCCACAAACUUAAUUUUCUAGUCUAUCCAAAUGGGAUAAAUGAAGAGGCUGUGGGAUGGCUGUCGCUGUAUCUCGAAUUCAGUGAAGAAUAUCCAAAGUCUCGCAAAUUCAUUAACAAGAUAACCAAUGUUGAUAAUGCAGCAACUGUUAUAUACAGGUUGUCAGUGAAAAGCAUAGAACCUGAAACUGAUGAUGUCUCCCGGGAAGCACCUCAUGUUUUAAAAGAGCCAGCAGUAAGCUUGGGAUGGUCUAAGAUGAUAGAUGCAUUCGAAGCGCGUUAUUCUGGAGCCUACUGUAACAGUACCAAUGAUAGUCUAACCAUCCAAUGUACAAUACAGAUAGAUAAACCACAAUAGGUUCCAUGUUACACAGAUGAUGUACUUUCUAGAGCCUACUGUAACAGUACCAAUGGUAGUCUAACCAUCCAAUGUACAAUACAGCAGUUUUUGUAUUCUCCGUAAUAGAAUCUAUUCAUUAGCCAAUGAGAAACAAGAAUCGUGCAACCAGGUCACCAGAGCGCAAGUUCAGCUAGUUUUCGCUCAAUCUCGUACCCAGAGGCUGUGCUUUCUAACGGCCGGCGGCGAAAAACGAGCGCUCUGAAAUUAUCCAUUUUUUGAGACCAGGAUCUCUUGGAUAUUCGGUGGUUUCUGGCCUGCGGCGAAGAACGAGGGCUUUGGCAUAAUCCAAUAUUUAAGACCAGGAUAAGAUAUCAGAGCAAUUGCGUUAAAGGACUUGCAUAAGAAUUUAAAAAAUAUGUUCCCGUUUUCUAAUUUUUUCUUCUUUUUGAUCGAAAGUUGACACAGAAGUCAAUUUUAAAGCAUGGUUUGCAAUUAUUAUAUUUGACUUCAGGAAAACUGCGCAUGCUCCAAAAAUGGAUUAUGCCAGAGCCCUCGUUCUUCACCGCAGGUCAAAAGAAACGCAGGCUCUGUGUACGAGAUUGGUCUUAAUAUUCACUGCCUUUUUUGCAAUUUUUGAAUUAUUACUCAAAUUAACUAACGUUAAUUGUAAAUAUUCACAUUAGAAAAUGUAAUCCUUUUUGAUGAAUGCAUUAGAAUAGUCUUACAGUUGCAACUUUUAUAUUGUUGUGAACUACACGUAAGAGUAAAAAUGGCUUUAAUUUAAAGUUGUAAAGCUGAAUAUAUAGUAAUGCUUUUUGAAUGGUGUGUUCUGCUCUUUAUAAUGUCACUAAAGAUAUUGCUCAGAAGCUUUUAUUUUAGCUGUUUGAUAGCUAAUAGUUUAUAAUCUUAUAAUAAGGUCUAAGCUUAAUUUGCGGGGCUUCUCUUAGCUUAUCCAAUUGCCCUAUAUCACUAUGACGUCACAUCAAAACAAUCUAUUGUUUUAACGCUAAGGAUCAUGGUCGCCUAGAGGGGGCAAAAUAGCAGCAAAACGAAUGAAAUCACAAUAAGAAUGGUUAAUUAGACGGGGAUAAGGUGAUAACAGAUAAAUGUUGUACUAAAUAUCCCGAACCAAAAAAAAAA